AAUGAUUCUGAAGAGGUGAUUUUAGAUGAUCAGACUAAUGCAUCAAAGAUACAAGCAAAUAGCUUGGUUUCAACUAAGGCAAGUAUAUCAAUAUCAUCUAUUUUAUUAACUCAUAUCUCUAAUUCUUUA